AUGAAUCCCACAAGUGGGGCUAACGUGAGGAUUCUGGUGAUCGGUGGUGCUGGAUUUAUAGGCUCUCACCUUGUUGACAAACUAAUGCAAAACGAGAAGAAUGAGUUGAUUGUUGUAGAUAAUUACUUCACUGGAUCAAAAUACAUUGUAUUUUAUUUAUCCGAACUUGUUUUGGGAGUAUUUGUUACUGAACCAUUGUUGAUUGAAGUUGACCAAAUUUAUCACCUUGCUUGCCCUGCUUCCCCCAUUUUUUACAAGUAUAAUCACGUUAAGGUUAACUUUGAAGUCCACCGCUGCGACCUCUUCUUCUUCACUGUGAGACUACCACUACUGCGUCUUCUUCUUCUUCUUCACUUCAAUGAUGCACUCGCAUUGCUUCACGCUUCGCCAUCAUAUUUUUGGAAAGCAUGUAGUAUGCAAGAAUUUCGCAUGCUCAGCGUUGUAUGCAAAUUUUCAGUAGUUAAAAGUUGUUACGAUGAAGGCAAAAGCGUGGCUGAGACUUUGAUGUUUGAUUAUCACAGGCAGCACGGAAUAGGGAUGACCAUAUUGAAGCCAGUCUGGCUAGUGGCAGUGUUUGCUGAAGCUGCCUCAACAGGGCAGUGGCCGAGCUAG